AUGCACGUGGCCUUCUGUGCAUGUGAAGGUUCUUCCCCACACAGCAGCACCUUUGAUGAAGCAGCUGUGUGUCCUUUCAUGUGUGUCAAUGUGGAUUCCAGGUGGCUUAACUGGUGGGGAUCUUGGGGAUUUUAUGUCCCUGACCACAGGCUUCAUGUGUGCAAGUCCUGGGGCUGUGCUCUCAGCGAUGUGUCCAUGGCCCGUGAUGAUUGUGAGGUGCCAUACAAACGUCCUGUGUCCUUGUCUAUUGGUGCCUGUGUGAUUAUCAAAGGGAGACCGAACCUCUCUUUUCUCAAUGACCCACAGCUGCAGGUGGAUUUCUACACUGGGACAGAUGAGGACUCAGAUAUCGCCUUCCAUUUCCGAGUGCACUUUGGCCAUCGUGUCGUCAUGAACAGUCGUGAGUUCGGGGUAUGGAAGUUGGAAGAGAAAUUACACUAUGUGCCCUUUGAGGAUGGCGAACCAUUUGACCUGCGCAUAUACGUGUUUCACAAUCAGUACGAGGUAAAGGUAAAUGGCCAAUACAUUUAUGGCUUUGCCCAUCGAUACCCGCCAUCAUAUGUGAAGAUGAUUCAAGUGUGGAGAGAUGUCUCCCUGACCUCAGUGUAUGUCUACAAUUGAGGG